AUGGACGGACCUGUGGCGAGACCUUAUGAUUUCGUGGUUGUUGGAGGUGGACCGGCUGGCUGCGUGAUCGCUUCUCGGCUCGCAAAUACAGUGAAGAAGCCCAGUGUCCUGUUAUUAGAGGCCGGUGGUGGCAGUCCAGACGACAUCCUCCGAGUAGUGGGGAAAAGAUGGACCGCCUUCAUGAAUCCGGACCGCAACUGGGGAUAUAUGACAGUGCCUCAGGAGCAUUGUCAUAACCGCGUCAUUAACUAUGCCCGAGGACGCGGUCUCGGAGGCAGCAGCGCGAUUAAUUUCAGCGCCUACACCGUGGGCUGCCGGGGUGACUACGAUCGGUGGGCGCAGAUCGUUGGCGAUGACUUCUUCAAGUGGGAGAGGAUGCAACCACGGCUGAAGAGUCUGGAAACCUUUCAUCGCGAAAUGCCAACAAAGGAGCAUCAGAAAUAUGCGGCUCCUAAUCCAUCCGAUCAUGGAACCCAGGGUCCUCUCCACGUUGGCUAUGCUUCCGAAUGGGAAAAGGAUCUCCCGCCUUUACUGGAUACCUUUGAAGAAGCGGGUUUCCCCCGAAAUUUUGAUCUUAACUCGGGCAAUCCGCUUGGAAUGGGGAUCGCAAUGAACUCCGCGUAUCAAGGCCGCAUGUCAACGGCAGCAGAUCUGUUGACGAGUCACCCGGAGAAUCUGACCAUCCUUACAAAUGCGCCAGUCCAGCGAGUAAUUCUGAAAAACAAAAGGGCAGCGGGUGUGGAAUCGAAUGGCAGACACUUUCUGGCCGCAAAAGACGUAAUCUUGUCAGCAGGCAGCCUAGACACGCCGAAGAUCCUGAUGUUUUCCGGGAUUGGCCCUUCUUCUCAGCUGGAGAGGCAUCAACUCCCGGUUAUUCAGGAUCUUCCUGCCGUUGGCCAGGGCCUCCGUGACCAUGGCUUCGUCGCCCUCUCCUUCCUUCGGAAAGAGCAUAGCACCGACCGGGGGGCUUUCUAUGGUUGUCAAGAAGCAAUGGAUGCCGGGAUGGAGCAAUGGAAGAAAGAUCGUACCGGUCCGUGGACGACCUUCGCUUGUCAGUUUGGGGUCGGGUAUUUCAAGUCUGAUGAGAUCACGUCCUCACACGAGUUCAAAAUGCUGCCAGCAGAUGAGAAAGAGUUUCUGCUUCAAGACACCGUGCCGCAUUAUGAGCUUUUGACGCAUUUCCCGGCCCAUAUGUUUGUUCCCAACUGGCCCAAGGAGCACAUGAAUUAUAACAGCUUGGUGGCCUUUGUGCUCAAUGGCCAGAGUCGGGGCAAAGUCGCGCUCCAGUCGCCGAAUCCGGACAAGCCUCUUCUCUUCGAUCCGAAACUCCUCUCUCAUCCUUAUGACCGCCGGGUUGCGAUUGAAAGCGUUCGCCAUCUCCUCCAGGUGGUGAAGCAUCCUUCGUUCACCAAGGACAAUGUGGCCGAGCUGAUCGGUCCGAAGUCGGAAUCGGACGAGGAUAUCCUGGAGUUCUGGAAGGAAAAUAUCAUGUCGAGCUUCCACAUGACGGGGACCGUGAAGAUGGGGAAAAUAGAUGACACCGAUGCAGCAGUGGACCACAAGUUCCGUGUGUUUGGCAUUGGGCAUCUGCGGGUGGCCGACAUGAGCGUGGUGCCUGUGCUGCCAAACAGCCACAUCCAGGCGACUGCAAUCAAAACCACUGUCAACGAGAAAAUGAUACUGGCAAAUACCAUGAUUUCGCCAGACUAUGGCUACAUUAGGUACUUUAGUAAACAAUCUUGGAAAAAUAAGAAGAAGAGGCGCGCGGCUUUAGAAACAAUGAUCUUGCUCAUCCAAUUCGACUCGCUUCCGCUCCUAAACGACACGGUCACCGAGCUCAUCGUGGCAGACCAAUCCGUGUGGCCUGACGAGCAAAGGCUUCCUAUGAUGCUGGCAGAACUCUUGGCCCAGGAAGGAAACAGCCUUGCUAGACCUGGUGGCAGCUUUGUCUAUAAAAUCCGGGAAGAUCCUCUACGAGUACGAUAUCCGCCGUAUCCAGAUGACUCUCCGUUGCCUUCGGUAUCCCUCUCGGAUCUGCAGAUCAAGCAGCAGAUCGCAGACAGCGCCCAUCUAGUCCUUCAGCAUGGUUGCGAUCGGCUCUAUGUGUACAAGACGGUGAACCGGCCGUUCUACCAUCCGCAUGAUACUGAGACCUUCGAACAAGAGCUCCGCAACGUGCUCCUCUUUCGAGGGUCGCCAAAUAUCGUUCAAUUCGUGGCCGUGGUCAAAGCUCCAAGUCCGUUUGCGACCAGGCCUCAGGCGAAGAAUCCCGAUGUGAUUCAUGGGAUGCUCCUAGAGUACUACCCGGGCGGAACUCUUGAAGAAGCCAUCUGUCCGGACAAUAGGAGAGAGUCCACCUGGAUGCAUUGGCCGAAACAGAUCGCGAUGGUUCUCUACCAGUUGCACAAAAACGAAAUCACCCAUAUGGACAUCACUCCCAAAAAUGUCGUCAUCGAUGCAGAGAAUAAUGCGGUUCUCAUUGACAUUGGAGUUGGUUUCACACAUGAGUGGCUGGCUCCUGAAAUUCGGGAGGAACUACAGCCUCUCGGCUUGCCAUUUGAAAAAAGGCGCCGGCAUGACUUGUGGGCGUUUGGGAAGCUCCUACGUGGACUUGGGCGUCUCGAUGAGAAUGGCCCCUUUGGGAGAAAAUUGCAGCAGAUUGGGGACGAUCUAUCUAAAGAUGACCCUGUUUCUCGUAUCGAUCUUCCUACAGUCAUCAUUGCUCUGGAGAAUAGCUGA